AGCGUACCAUUCAAUAAUAAAACAUUAAAAACAAUGGCGGUGCCCAUUGAUGAGGGCGUUCUGAACGCCCUUAGAGGCAUGGACAACAGAAACACACGCUUGCCGAAACCCUUACUUAUUAAGGUGUAUAUAUCCAGUUUGAAAGAGGAAUUCUGCCAGGAACGACGUAUGUUAUUGGAAUUGGUGGGUCCUGAAUUGCAGUCACUAUAUGAUGACAGGCAAAUUGAGAUUGAAAUAGUUGACAUGCAUUUUGGAACAGGACCAACAAAAAUAACUCAAAUAGAGCAAGAUCCGUACAUCAUGCGGGACUAUUUGCAUGAAAUAGAAACCUGCUAUAAUAAUUCGAAAAGUGUUUUCUUCAUUGCACUUAUUGGACACAGCAUUGGUCGAAUGCCAUUGCCCACUCACGUUGAUGAAGAUAUUUACACACGCAUAUUGGGGGACACAAACAUAACAGACAAUGAGUCCUCCCUUUUGAAUAAAUGGUAUGCGAAGAGUGUGCAAAAGGCAACUGAAAUCGGACAUGGCACAGACGAAAAUAGUAGCCGAUAUCAAUACGUGCUUAAACAGGAUUAUCGUAACAUGUCAUUGGAAAAAUGGCAUAGAGAAUGCCUACAGCUGCUCGAUAUCUUUGAAAGGCAACUCAAAAACAUUGUACAAUCCCUAGCAAGAGAUGGAAAAUUACAGACUGACGAUUUCACAGGCCGAAUACAAAAAUUGAGACAAACACAAAUCGAACAAGAAGUGAACAGAGCUUUGGAACUUUCAAAUGAUAAAAUAUUGACGGUUUUUCGUGAAUGGUCAAGUCAGUUGACCAACAAAGACCUCGAUGCAGGUGAACGUUUGCGCAAAUUAAAAGAUGAGCUGACUAUGAAUUUAUCCGCAGAUAAUUACACAACUUUAGUUGUUUCUGGUAAAACCGAUGAAUAUACAAUUGACACAGAAAAUGAGGAUCAUGAGUCCUAUUUAAGCAAAUUCAAAAACAAAGUGUCAGAUAAAUUACGGAUUUUAAUCGAAGAGCACAUCGCUAAUGAUCCUGAUGUCAUCAAGGGGAGAAAAAAGACUGUGCAGGAAAUUUUUCAUGAGCAUGCUACGCAUUUACGCAUACUUCGUGACCAUCAAAAUGCAGGCUCUUUAAUAUCAUCAGAGGUGCCUACAAUCAUACGUCAAAAUCUAUUAGCAAAUUUUCGGAAUGGCAGUCGACAUGCACCAUAUUUUAUUUGCGGACCCCACGGAAGCGGUAAGAGUGCUUUAAUAGUGGAGUUAUAUCGACAGGUCACUGAGUGGUUCAGUUCAAAACGAGUACAUCGAGUUAUACGUUUUGCUGCAGCUACUCCACGUUCAGCCUACAAUUUAGAAUUAUUACGUGUUAUAUGUCAACAGAUUUCUAUUAUUUUUAAUAUACCAGAAGGUUACUUACCAAAAGAUGCAUCCUUCGAUCCGAACUAUAUAAAUAAUUGGUUCCAAAAUUUAUUACGACGUAUUGAGGAUAUGAAUAAUGAUGUUUUGUUUCUUUUUAUUGAUGAUUUGCAUUUAUUAAAUCCACUGGAUUGCGAUAUUGUAGCUGCAUUAUCUUGGUUGCCCACUUCAUUGCCAUGGAAUGUGCAACUUAUAUGCUCUACAACAACAGCUAUAGAUCAAUUGAAAUUCACACCAAUGCAACGUGAUCGCUUUAGAUCGACAGAAUUUCUUUUUGAUUUAACAGUUGCUGAAAAUCGCACUGAAUUAAGGAAGCCAAUUAUGAAUAACACAAUUUCUGUUAGUGAUGAUAUCGCUUUUGAGCAGUUUUUGGAAUCACAAUUUGAUUAUUUUGAGAAAUUCUAUGGAAAGAAGGGCUUCGGUCGUUUAGCUGCGUACAUCACAUGCGCUGAAUAUGGACUGACGGAAACUGAGCUCUUGGAAUUAUUAAUGCCCACCGAUGAGCCAGAGGCAUUUGUCGAAACCGAACAUGGAAACUUUAAUUUCUCCACAUUCAAAAGGAUUCACAAUGAAAUGAGCUUUCUUUUGCAUGACAAAAUAAUGUCCGGCAAAGUGCUUAUACAGUGGCGACACACUUACUGUGCACAUUUAUCCCAACAGCGAUACAUGGAUGCACAGAGUACACGUGCCAUGCAUAUAGCCAUUGCCAAUAUAUUCUUUCAACAAGAAGGGGAGGAUGCUGAAGAAGGUAGCAGUGAACAAGAAACAGAAGAAAGUGACAAGCAUUCAGUAGUUAGUCAAAAGGAAAAGGAUAACAUCUCUACUGGUCGUAAAUCAUCAUCACAUCAUAAUGAUGAUACUUCAACGUUCUACAAUCCAAUUGCGGUUGACGUUUCGUAUAGCAUGCGACAUGUUGAAGAGAGUUGGCAUCACUUAAUGCGUUCCGACGAUACAGCCAAGUUCAAGCAAAUUGCAGUAUGCAACUUUGAUUUUUUACUAGCAGCGGUUCAAACUGUAUCUAUAAGCUAUUUACGUUGUCUGAUUGAACAUGUGCGCUGUUACUUACUUGAUCGAGACAUUGAACUCAUUUACUACACGAUACGUAAAUCAAGUGAUGUAUUAACUCGUGAUCCCAUGCAAUUAGGUUCGCAACUGAUAUCUUGGUUACGUCCCAUUAGCGAACACGAUGAAAACGAUAAUUCCUUGCUCAGCAUCACAGUACGUUCGGCUACCGCUUGGUGUGAUGGUUAUGCAGUGCCACUAUUAGUACCGCUUACGGGUUGGUUACCAGCGCCUUUACCUUCACAAAUACGUACAAUGACUGUAUCAGGUACUGGACCUAUACGUGAAAUAUGUGUAGCACCUUCUCGACAACAUUUGAUACUGUCCACAAACUCAGGUGAUGUGCAGAAGUGGCAUAUUAUGAGCAACUCUUUGGAAUAUAUUUUUAAAGGGCAUACUGCAGCUGUCACGUGCAUGUACGUCGCACCACAAUCUGAUAUGC